GAUCUUAUCUAUUAAGUUAUGAUUGUAGAAUGUAGAAAAUGUUUAUGGUGAAUUGCUGUGUUGAACUAUAGUUAGUUUGAAAUUACAUUUGAAUCAUGUUUUCCUUAAUUAUUUUUUUUCUCCCAUUUCUGUUCAGCUUCUUGUAGCUGGCCAUCCCACAGAUGUCGAGGAUGUUGAUCUCUUAAUACUUUCAUCUACGUGGGUUGGUAGUGCUUUUAUGCGACAGGGGAGAAAUGAAGAAGGCAUGGCACACCUGGAAAGAUUAGCUUCUCUUGAAGAGCCAAUGGAUCCAAUGACCAAAGCUCAUUACUAUGAUGGAUUAUUAGUACUCUCUAGUGCUUUAUUUGGUGCGGGUCGCAAAGCUGAGGCUGCUGAGCACUUGCGCAGGGCUGCUGCUUAUGAUCCAGAUCGCUAUGGAGAAUUUCUUGAACAAUGUGAAAAUGACAAGGACGAUUUUGUGAGCGACCUUGUAAGUAGCAGGAGAACAGAUUCCUGAAUUGCAGCGUGCCAUUGGAAGUGAAAUCUAGUUUGUAGGUUAUGAUCUUGAUACAUUCAGCUCAACUGUCCCCUUCUUUUUGUACUGCUUAUGGGUCUUGCCCUUAGGUGGGAUGUAAGAAUUUUGGUACAAGUUUUGUCGUAACACCAUGCAAAAUGAUGCUCUCCAAUCAAGCAAAGGGUGAUGUUUACAGGCCAUUUCUAGCU